UGCUUUUUCUAGGCUUUUUUUGAACUGUCUCGGCUCCCGUAGUGCGUCAUUAUGGAAAGAGUAAUGUGACCGUAAGUGAGUUCCUGUAGUAGCAAUGGGAAAGGUUUAGAGAUGUCGGAUUGAUCUUGUAUUUAAAAGGAAGCUACUGGAAGUAAACACGUUUCAUGCGAGUUGUUUUGAAUCUCGUUUAUUCAAACAAACAAAAAAUUGCUUUCUGGGUUUAACGACUGAAAAGCAUACCAUUUAAGAGCCAACCACGUAAAGGAUGCGGGUAAAAGGUCCAUUCUCUUUAAAAGCUGAUGAAAUGACAAAGAGAUCAAAUAGGCCGAGAAAGCCCAGAGAUGAGGAAUCCUCCGAUGAAGUCACUGGUUUAACAUGCCAGCAUGUACGUAAGGCUGUUGAUCUAAACUCUGUGAAGAAAGCGGUGUCACAGAGUCUGUGGUCUGUGUGCUCAGAAUGUCUCAAGGAAAGGACUAUGUAUGACGGAGAGCCUGUAGGUCCCUUUGAUAUCUGGAUGUGUCUCAAAUGUGGUUUCCAGGGCUGCAAUCCACCUGACAGACAGCAUUUGAUGAAGCAUUUCCAGACUGUACACCCAGAACCCCACUGCAUUGUUCUCAGUCUGAGCACAUGGAAAGUAUGGUGCCAUGAAUGUAAUGAAGAAUUAUCCACGUAUUGCAACAAAAAGGUUCUUGCCCAGAUGGUCGACUUUCUUCAGAAACAUUCAGAUAAGACAUCAUCAGACACAUCAUCUAAAAUAAUAAAAAUCAGAGAGGAAGCUACGGAGGGCAGUGAUCUUUUGAAGGGGAAAAAUCCAGUCAUCAGCACAUUAGUACCUGUGAAAGGCAUAAACAAUUUGGGAAAUACCUGCUUUUUUAAUGCCGUUAUGCAGAAUUUGGCACAGACACACUUGCUGAAUGACUUGAUUUUUGAGAUGAAAGAAAAGGGACCCAAGAUAAAGAUAUGUCCACCGCUGGAAACAAACCUGGACCCAUUAGUUGUGACUCUCCCAAGCCCUGAGCCUUUGACUUCUGCCAUGUUCCUGUUUCUCCACUGCAUGAAGGACAUAGGGAAAGGGCCAGUUUCUCCCAAACUGCUCUUUAACCAGCUGUGUCACAAAGCACCCCGAUUUAAGGGAUACCAGCAGCAAGAUAGCCAGGAACUUCUACACUAUCUUCUGGAUGCUAUGAGAGUAGAAGAGACAAAGCGUAUAAAAGCUAGUAUCCUAAAAUCAUUUAAUAACCCAACUGAGAAGACUGCAGAUGAAGAAACGAAGCGGCAAGUGAAAGCAUUUGGCAAAGAAGGUGUAAAGAUGAAUUUUGUUGACCAGAUCUUUGUUGGUGAAUUGACUAAUACUAUCAUGUGUGAAGAAUGUGAACAUAUCUCUACUGUCAAAGAAGCUUUCAUUGAUUUAUCUCUCCCAAUAAUUGAAGAAAGGGUUUCUAAACCUGCAAAUCCUGGAAGAACAACGAAAUUUAGCAAGCUUCAAGAAAGGGAACUUUCAGAAGAGGCAACAUCACCCACCCUUGUUCAUCCACCAAAAAAUACCAAGAAGCAUGCUGCAGGAAAGGACAAGAAUCAUCUAAGUUACCAAAAGACACCAGACAAAUGUUCAUUCGGUAAUGAAGAAAGCGGUAAUGAUGAAGAAGACACUCCUGCAGAUCUGAAAUGUCAUUAUAGGGAGGCUGGUAGUAAGAAGGUGGCAGCUAAUGGCAGUGAGAAAGAUGGGAGUAAUUUAGAUAGCAGCAAUGAUGCAGAUAGCGAGGCUUCAGAAAGUGAGUGCCCUUCGAAGCAAACUGUAAAUAGCUGCACUGUUGAUUACAUCAAGACUGACAGUUCAAAUCACUCCCCCUCAAAGAGCGACUCUUUGCACAGCAAGUAUAAAGACUGCAAUCAUAACGAGUCUCUCACAUGUGGGGUGUCCAAACUCAGCCUGAACAAUAACAUGAAUGAAACACUGAUCAGUAAUCCAAAUCAGGGUGAACAAACGGACAGCAUGUCACACAGUAAAGAUUCAGCCAAGGAAAAGCCCUUGAUAUCCCAGAAUCCUCAAGUAGCCUUCCAGUCACUCUCCCAUAGCUAUGUACCCAGUUCUAAAGAGUGCUCUGUCCAGUCAUGUCUAUAUCAGUUUACUUCAGUGGAGCUGCUAAUGGGCAACAAUAAGCUGCUGUGUGAGAACUGUACAGAGAAGCGUCAGAAACACCAGAAAAGGACCAUUACAACUGCCGAGAAAAAAGCAGAAAAUGUUUACACCAACGCUCGUAAACAAAUGCUCAUCUCUGCUCUCCCUCCCAUUGUCACUCUUCAUCUCAAACGGUUUCACCAGGCAGGUAUGAGUCUGCGCAAAGUAAAUCGACAUGUGGACUUCCCAAUGGUUUUGGAUUUAGCACCAUUCUGUUCAGCUUCGUGCAAGAAUGUUGUGGAGAGUGAGAGAGUGCUGUACAGUCUGUAUGGGAUAGUAGAGCACAGUGGCUCCAUGCGGGGAGGUCACUACACUGCCUAUGUAAAGAUCAGAUCCCGUCAUAAGAGACAGGAACACAGAAGAAAUGUUGCAGGUCAGAAGGAAGCUGUGGACACAUCGCCAGGUCAGUGGGUUUAUGUCAGCGACACCCACAUACAAACCGUUCCUGAAUCAAGAGUACUCAAUUCUCAAGCCUAUCUGCUUUUCUAUGAAGCAUUGUUCUAGUGAUGCUGUAUCAAGAUAUUGGCCUGCCUUCUACAUUCAGCUCCACCUGACUUACAAAGGCCUCAUCAAAGGUGCUCAUUUUACCUUAAGGAAAAGAACACAGCAGCAAUAAAGUAGUACAAUGGCUACCUUAAAUGCAGUCAUAAAAUACUCUUUCAGCAUGUUAGUUUUCUUCACAAUGUUGAUGUUGAUAUUUCAUGCAUGCUUACCAGUUUUGUGUGUUUAUAUAUAUAUAUA